CAGCUAGCCGUCAUCAGCAGUUGGCAGUUAAAGCUGAAAAGGAGGUGGAGAAGUUCCACACAAUGAAAAUUAGCGCACCUCCUCUAAGUGUAGGUCAUAUAUAUAGAAAAUUAACGUGUCUGUAAUUUUGACAUUAGCGUAGACAUCAGGCUUUUUUCGGUGUACUGUGUAGCAGUGAGAGAUCAGAAAAGCCUCCCAAAGAGCGAGGAUGUUGGUCCCCGCGGGAAGAUAAUGAAGAGGCUGCGCGUUUUGUUGCUGUGCCUCGUUGUAGCUCUUCUGUGCUGGUACCCCUGUCAAAAUGUGUUUUGUACAGAGCAGAGCUUGUCUGGCCCAGGUCAGUCUGCCAGGGACAACAGCCCUGAUGGCCACGAGCAGGAGCUGGACUCCGAACAACACAAGGUGGCGGAUGAGUGGACAAUACAGACAUCAUAUGAUGUGGGACUGGAGACGGAGAGAGCAGUAUUAGAGAAACUCGCAACACAAAAUAAUAAACAUCAAGAACAGACUGUGAAUCCUCAAGUAGCUGAGGUGGAGGAGACCAAGCAUGGACUAGAGUCUGACACAGCAUACAUCGUCCCUGAACCAGAACCUCACUCAGAGCCACAGAAGCAUUCGGACCCACAGACAGACCACCAGGAAAUUAUACAAGAACCUGCAUUACCGACCCUGAAUCCCGAACCAGUUCCUGCACAUGACCAGGAGGUCACAGAUUCUGAACCCCAAACAGAAGUCAUCAGUGAUCCUCCUGCUGCACAUCUGGUCCCAAACCCAGUCACAUCCGCUGAUGAAGCAGACAACACACCUACCUCAGAGAGUGCAAGCCCAGCCCACACAGGUGCAGUGUGGGUUGCCAGUGGAGGAGAUGAACUCCCAGUAGACACCUUUGUUUGUGCUGAGCACUCUGAUUCACAGUGUGGGGUUAUUCCCCCCGAACUGGCAACCUGUGAAAAACCCCCUUUUGGCACCAUUUUCCCAAGUGUUGACGAGGCUGACAAAAAAGAACAGCGGUCCGAUCAGAACAGCAGUUCAACUUCUGAAACAGAGGCUACACUUGGCCAAGAGAACCUGGACCAACAACAACAGAAAGAGCAGAAGGAUGAAGUGUCAGAUUUGGUCCAGGAGAGUAACACCACCCAACACCAUCAUAAAGAACAGCUGGAAGGAGAUGAGGGUAUCGCCAAAGAGACUGAUCCCUCGGUACCAAGCAAAGAUGAUAUACCCACCUUUGAUGAGUGGAAGAAGCAGGUCAUGGAGGUGGAGAAGGAAAAAAGUCAGUCUCUUCAUACUUCAAGCAACGGCAGCCCCCAUCCUGUGAAGAAGGUCCAGAAAAACUUCAAGAACAACUAUGCUUCUGUGGAGUGUGGUGCCAAGAUACUUUCUGCUAACAAUGAGGCUAAGAGCACUUCAGCUAUUCUAAUGGAAAACAUGGAUCUUUACAUGCUAAAUCCUUGCAGCACCAAAAUCUGGUUUGUCAUUGAGCUCUGUGAGCCUAUUCAAGUCAAGCAGCUGGAUAUUGCAAACUUUGAACUUUUCUCAUCCACACCUAAAGACUUUUUAGUGUCCAUCAGUGAUAGAUAUCCAACCAACAAGUGGGUAAAGCUUGGUACGUUCCAUGCCCGUGAUGAGCGUAUUGUCCAGAGCUUCCCACUGGAUGAGCAGUUGUAUGCUAAAUAUGUGAAGAUGUUCAUCAAGUACAUAAAGGUCGAACUUCUCUCACACUUUGGAUCUGAGCACUUCUGCCCACUGAGUCUGAUCAGGGUGUUUGGCACUAGUAUGGUGGAGGAGUAUGAGGAAAUAGCAGAUUCUCAGUACCCUUCAGAGAGACUGGAGUACUUGGAUGAAGACUAUGACUAUCCUCCCGGUUACCAACCUUUAGAGGACAAGGCCACCAAAAACCUUCUAGGCUCAGCAACUAAUGCUAUUAUAAACAUGGUAAACAACAUCGCUGCUAACGUGCUGGGGGGCAAGGCAGAGCUGGAGGGGGGAGCAGACACAGGAGGUAACACAACCACCGAUGUAGAAGAUGUAAAGGAAACAAAGGGGAACUCCGAGGUCAAAGCUACGGAAACGGAAACACCUCGAAACUCUGCAGAUCUGGAUCCUUCAAAUCAAGAAAGUCCCACUCAGAAGUCCAAUGUCUCCAGUGACUCUUCCACACAACCUCCUCCUUCCUCUUCUGUCUCACACGAGGAAAGACAAAUUGUCACACUGGUGGAAGAGGAGGAAGAUGAAGAGCCAAGGCAGUCUACUGUCACUCUGUUGGAGGAGGAUGGGGAGGAAGAAGAGGAAGAAAAGAAAGAGCAGGAGACAAGGAGGGAGGCAGACAAGAACCAGUGGGAAAGCCAGAAAUACUGUCCUUUCUCUUCUUUCUCCUCCCUGUCCUUGUCCUGCAUGGUGACCCUACCGGAGUUGCUCCAUCGCUGGUGCUCUGCUCGGCUGUCGAAGGAGAGACUCCGCAGCCUCAGGCGAAAACGGCUGAGCUCUCAAACACAGACAAACUCCCAAUCAGGAAACUCUGCCCUCACAGACACACCACCACAAAUCCCUGGCCCUGUCUCCACAAUUCCACAAGAGUUUAUCCCCCUCACAGAAAAAAUCCUGGAGCCUGACAUGUCUUUGGGUGAGGGGCACACCACUGACACACAUCUCCAUACUCACACACCUGACACACACACACCAGAGUUCAGCAUCCACCUAGAGCCAAGUAGGUCCUCCACCAUCCUUCCUCACAGUUUCUCAAACAUCCAAGGCUCUGUGAUGCGACCGACGCCAACACACGAGGAGAAGCUGCUACCUCCCAUCAAAGACGCAGCAUUAGACCCAGUUCUAACUCCACCUCUUCAAAUAGUCUCAAUCCCAGAGACACAACAGGCCAGCAGUGCCUCCCCUACCCUAACUUUUAGUUCUCCUCCACAACUUAUGCCUUCUGAGACGACCACGCCUGGUGUUGUAGUUCCUCCUGUCAAGGAGCAGCCAUUUCAGCCUCUUCCGACAGCGUCAAGGCCUGAGGACUUCAUCCCUCCUCCCACUGAACUACCACCACCACUGACAGAUACCAAAACAGACACAAUAAAUUCAGGUGAUGGUGGAGACUCCCAGAGACAAACCGUUCAGGUGUCUCAGUCUCAGGGGGAGCUGGGGCACUCUGUCACUAAGGCGGUGGAGCAGCCUCAUCGAGUUGAUGACACAGCAGAUGAGGACCUUCUGAACACAAAUGGGAAUGGCAUCGCCCAGCGAGCUGCUACCGACUUCUAUGCAGAGCUGCAGAAUGGGGCAGAAUAUAACGGCGGAACGGUGAACAGCAAUGGUGUGUUCUUGAACGGAGGUGCCGUGCAUGGAUCCAGCCAAAAGGAGAGUGUGUUCAUGAGGCUCAACAACCGCAUCAAGGCUCUGGAGAUGAACAUGAGUCUCUCCAGCAGAUACCUAGAGGAGCUCAGCCAGAGGUACCGUAAACAGAUGGAAGAGAUGCAGAAAGCUUUUAACAAAACCAUCAUCAAACUACAGAACACCUCCCGCAUUGCCGAGGAGCAGGACCAGAAACAGACAGAGUCCAUCCAGCUCCUCCAGGUCCAACUAGAGAAUGUCACGAAACUGAUGAUCAAUCUGACUGCUGCAGUCAGUCAGUUGCAGAGAGAGGUAUCUGAUCGUCAGAGCUACCUGGUGGUGUCUCUGGUUCUUUGCCUGUGUCUGGGCCUCCUGCUGUGUCUGCAGUGCUGCUGCAGCUCCUCCCCAAACACUAACACCUCUGUGGCUGCUCUUCCCAAAAGCAAUCACUAUCCAAGUCCCAAAAGAUGCUUCUCCUCCUAUGAUGACAUGAGCCUGAAGCGUAGGGUCACCUGUCCACUGGUUCGUUCCAAGUCGUUCCACUUGACCUCUAGCGAAGUAGGUCCAGAUGACUUGUACAUUGUAGAACCUCUAAGGUUUUCUCCAGAGAAAAAGAAAAAACGCGGCAAGACAAAGUCAUUGGACAAGGUUGAGGCUGUCGUGGCAUAUAAUCCCUCAGAUUUGCCUCAGAUAAAUGGAGGCCCUAAAUGUAAUGGCUUCCACCCCUGCCUCCCGGCCCCUCCUCCUCCUCCUCUUCCUCCCCCUCCCCUACCAAUGCCUCCCCCUUCCUACACCAGGGAGCUGUUGCCAUUACCCCCUUGCGCCUCAAAAGAGCUCCCCUCUGAGCCGAGCAGCUGCAGCUCAUCCACCCACUCCGAGGAGUCCUACACAAACUCCAUCCCCCCUCCCUCUCCUACGUUUCCAAUGGCUGGCCUGUGCAACAGCCACUGCCUGAGCAGCAGCAGCCUCCAGCAGCCCCCCCUAGUGUCACGCCAGGAGAAACGCUCCACCAAGAGGAGGAAGUCACGGCAGACAGAGCUGACUUUCCCAAACAUGCCAGGGGGGAACAUCCCUUCUCUGCCCACCCUGCAUCAGCUGAUCAAGGGGAACAAGGAGAUCAGUGUUGGGACCAUCGGUGUGACGGCUGUCAGUGGACAAGUUUAAAAUAUACUUCACACCUACACAACCUUCUACCCACUUACAAACGAAUACACUGUCUGACUGUACGGCAGACCAGCACACUUGUCAGGAUCUGAAGCCCACAGACCAAAUUUCCUCUGAACACCUAAGAUUAUAGAAGCAGCUGCUCAUCAUCCCUCCUCCCUCCCCCGUCCUCUCCUGUCAAAGACCUGUUUACGGUUAUGUGCCUUUAUAUCUGUUCAAAACCUUUUUUAGGCCAAAUGCCUGACAUUCACUUGUUAGUGUGGGUAAAAAGACUCUGUGGAGCGAAUGAUGUGUUUAACGUGUUCUUUUAGCCCCUCUAGUGGGAAGCACAUUGACCACAGCUCUAUUUUUCCUUUCUCUACACUUAAGUACCAUUUUCAGGAUGAAAUGUGUGUCUGGGAGAAUUCUUGUGCACGACUAACGACUAAGUUCUUUUCUCCGCUGUCGUUCUUAUCUUAUUGAUUCUAUCUCGGCGUUGCAUCUAGGUGUGGGACCAGUGUUAAACUCUUUCUGUCUCUCGUCAGUCUGCCGUCGACCGACCAUCAGAGCUACAUGAAGAAAAUGAAUGAAUUUACUUAUUGUGGUUAAUCUGUCAGAAUGUUGUAGUUCUUUCACCACAGUGUCUGUUCAAUAUCUUAAUACAAACAGUAAAGCAGCAGCAGAUUCCACAUGUUUUACCAAUUCCAAUGUAACAAACAGUAAUGAUAAUCCAUUUGGGCCGGGCCUGAAACGAUUGCUCAUGCAUCACUUAACAAAAAAAAAAGUAUUCUUUUCAACAGCAGGUAUUGUGACAGUGAGGAUGCUAAUGUUCAGAGUGCGCAUUGCAAAUUUGAGCCUUUUUUUUCCCCUUCCGUUUUACGUUUUUUUUUUCUCUCUUCCAACUAAGACCUCCUCUCAUUACUAAUGGGCUUCAUUAGAAUUAUCCUUACAGCUGAUGUAGGACCUUUUCUCUUUAUUCCUCCUGAUGGAGGACACUGGGUAGGAGGGCUGAAUGUUUACACUUGUCUUUAACAUGUACACUGUCAUAUACUGGGACCUUGCAGCCUCGUCUGACAGACCAGUUUUAUUUAUCUAUUUAUUUAUUUAAAUGACUACAGAUGGUUCUAAAGCAGGUACUGGGUUGCCAGUCUCCUAAUCAGUCAGAGUCGCAGCAGUUUUCCCCACAUAUAAUACAUUACAUGCUCUGACUGACACUGAGUCGUAUUAGAUUAUGACCACAUAACUUUUUUUUCUUUUUUAAUUCAUUCAACAGCUUUUACUGCUGUUUCCUCAGCCUGGCCUUUUGCGACAUCCAUAACAGUGUUCAGUUUCUCUUGCACGCCCUUAUAACAAUACAUGACAUAUAUCUACCAAGACAAAGAUGUGAGUCAAUAUUGGUCAGGAAGACUAGAAUCUUCAGGCUGCUGCUUUUAUGUUUGAUCAUGGGGAAGGGACUAAUCAGAGUCUUUGUCUCGUCUGUUUCAUCGUCUGUCUGAUCAUUUUUAACAUUCAUUAUGUUCAUGAUUUUGUGAAUUGCCCAAAUGUAACAUUCAUGCUGUCAUUAAAAUUAUUGAUGUGUAAUUCACAGUUUUUUUUUUUUUAUAAUAAAAUUUAAACUAGCUGUUUCUCUUUGUAUGAAGUCUCUGAUUGGCUCUGGGUGGUUGGACCGUUGCACAGUUUGGCAGAGACAAAAAACUUUUCCUUCUUUUCCUGAUGUAGGCCUUACUUUUGUUUUCUUUCCUGACCAGUUGUUACAUCUCACUCCUUUCUCUCCACGAGUCCUCGUCCUUCAGGGUGACCUCUGAACCCAUUGCACGACAUUCUCUACAACUGUGAAGAUUUUAUUUUACCCUUGCUUUUAUUAACCACUUUAUCACGUUUCUAUUGGGAUUUAAAACAUGGGUACUGGUCAUGUUUCUACACCUCUGAUGAACUGUCUUUAACUGUUAUUCAAAUUGUAUGACCGACAAGUCACUGUUCAUCUUUCUUGGCGUGUGGCUCACUUUAAAUGAGGAGUGUUGUCUGUGAAAAGAACUAAAUGUUAAAUAAGUAAAGGGAACACAACGAGGAUGGGUAUAAUGUGGAACACUGAUGAUGUGAUUGAUUGUGUAACACAAAGUGAUCUAUUCAUGGGGCUGUUUUUGAAAGUGUACUAUCUUAUGUUGUUGUGUGAUUCAACCUGUAUGCAUGUGAGACGUUUCUGUUGUUGAUCAGAGUGUGUGACUGUGUUAUGAGAAAGACUACUUCAAUGAAUCUACUUAUCCUCAUAACACAGUAUGUAGGAAAGAAAUUCUCAGAGCUCAAUGUGCACUUUGUAUGACUCCUGGUGUCUUUCUUUGUUAUUUUCUACCUUGUAUGUCAAGUGUUAUAUCUUUCAUUUUCUUUCCCUUUUACUCUGUGGGUACUCUAAAGAACUGCACAGUAUUUUUUUCAAGCAGGAGUGAGUUACUGCAAAAAAAGAAAAAAAAAUUGUAGUGCCAUUAGAAACUGUGAAUUUAAUAAACCUUUUGUUGUCUUUAA